AUGUCUGGUGAAGAAGAGUCAAAACCUUAUUCGCUAAGAAAACACGGGGACGCCCCAUACGCGGCAGGUCUCCCAAUUGUUAAAACUAGAAAACCGAAAUUCCAGUUCACCAGUCCCCAGGGUGUCGAUCGAACCGCAGACUCCGGGGUUGGGAAAUCUUUUUAUGAUUACGAAAUCUCUUCGGACGAAGACGAUUUACAGCCUCAGGGAUCAGUGCCAGUUGUUUUAGGGAAUAACGCUCCUGUAACCCCUGUAGUUCCUACAGCUCCAAUAGCUCCUAUACUUCCUGUAGCUCCUGCAGCUCCAAUAGCUCCUAUACUUCCUGUAGCUCCCGUAGCUCCUAUAGCUCCUGUACUUCCUGCAGCUCCAAUAGCUCCAGUACCUCCCGUAGACCCGAGGAAUCCGGUACAACGCUCUAACUACGAGAAUUUUAGACUUGCUGAACAAAUCAUCGCGCAAAUAGUUAACCAAAAUCCUCCCCUGAUCGCCAAUCCAGGCAAUAUAUUACCAGUAAGAGUCGUCCCAGUCGCAGACGACAUGGCACUCGCGCCUAACCAGAAUAUAUCAUUGAACGACGCACUAGCGUUUGUUCCAAAAUUCGAGGGAAAUCCAGGUGAAUUGCUGGAUUUUCUAAAAUGUUGUGAUGAAGCUAAAUCGGUACUACCCGCUGGGGCCGAGGGUAAUUUAGUAAAAUUAAUCUACGGUGGUAAACUCGGGGUAAAGGUAAAAGCUUCGAUUAAUUCGACUCUUCCGGCCAAUAUCACCGAAUUAAGCGAAAAGUUAAAGAAAAUAUACAUACCGUCUAAAUCCUUGUUCCAAUUGCAGGGUGAAUUGGGCAGGAUGUUUCAAAAGGAAGGGGAAUCCGUGGUAGACUUCGUGAAUCGGUUACGGAAGAAGGGGCGCGAAAUCGUCGACGAUCGCAAAUAUCCUUUCAAAAAACUUAAUCGGGUAGAAAACGGGGUUAUGUAUCUCCCAAGCCGCAGUGAAUCUACUCUCUUCGUAAACGUGUCGAAUUCCGAAUUAAAAGAGGGUUUUAUUCCAAAGUUAAAAAUAUGUAAAGGGGUUUUUGUGACGUGA